AUGCCGACCCAUACGUCUGACCUUGCGCAUGCGUACUCCUUAGUCUGUCAGACGGCAGCAGCCAGUAAACAUGGCUGGUGUUGGAUUUAGGCGAUGGGCCCAAGCCUUUUCUAAAGGGAAAGGUUCUGGCAUUUCAGCCCUUUUGUCGGGAUCUAGAGCAGCCUCUGGUGUGUCGAGUGGCACUGGACUUGGUCCAUGCCCGAAGACUCCCGAGGAGAUAGCUGCCGCUGCAAAGAAGUACAACAUGACGGUUGCGGACUAUAAACCAUAUCCCGACAACGGCGAGGGCUACGGUGAUUAUCCACAGCUAGCAGACAGAUCUCAGCAUGAGAGGGACCCUUGGUAUCAGUGGGACCAACCUGACCUGAGGAGGAACUGGGGAGAGCCGAUGCAUUGGCAUUUUGACAUGUUCAUGAGGAACCGUGUGGAUACAUCUCCCAGCCCCGUGCCCUGGUCGACAAUGUGCAAACAAUUGUUUGGCUUCAUUGGGUUCAUGCUGUUUAUGUUCUAUAUUGGGGAGAAAUUUCCAGCUUACCAACCUGUUGCCCCGAAACAGUAUCCCUUUAAUGACCUGUACCUGGAGAGAGGAGGAGCUCCAGACAAACAACCAGAAGAAGUCAAACAUUAUGAAAUCUAAUGACUAAAAUCUGAUUCUACUUGUGUGUGUAUAUAUCUCUGUCAAGAAUAAAAACGUUAAGUUUA